GCGCGCAGACCUGCAGAGGAGGAGAGGCGCAGCAGCGCAGUGUCAGAGAGAGCAGGAGGAUCGGGGGAGCAGCUCCGGCGUGAUCCGCGGGUCGGGGAGCAGUCUGGUCGACAGGCUGGCAAGGCAGGAGCCCGGCACGCCUGCCGUUGGCCUUGAAGAGCUUGGGGGACCUGCAGAACAAGAACGAGAAGGGAGCCAGAACACAGGGGAGACGGAACGAGAGAGCUGGGGAGAGUUUUCGGAGAGACAGAAAGCGACCUGGAGAGAGAGAGUGAAACUUGAGGACGAGAAGGAGUUUUCAAGCAGAUCGGCCACGCUCGAACCCUCUUCGCCGACCUCUGGCCAAUACCCUCUAGCAUACGAUCUUUCGCUCCCGAAUCUCCGCGUCGCUGGUUGUCGUCCCGUUAAUAGAGUGCUGCGUGUGAAAGUGGAAAGCUGCAAUGGAGAGAAAGGCGAGCAAAGUGGGUUCUGAUAUCCCCGAAUGGAUCGAUCCUCAUGUUGGCCGGUUAAAGUCCAUGUUUGAGCAGAAUCGGAAGCUCUAUAGGGAGAAUGAAGAGACUAUAUUGAGUUUGAUGUCUCAGAUCAAGUCAAUGUUUGAUGAAUUGAAGUCAGAACAUGAGAAGGACAGUCAAUUUCUUGUGGAGUUACUUCAACAGAGUUUCAGAGUAAGUGAGGAAAAAUAUAAUAUUUUUAUUCUUUUGAACAAGGUUUACCUUGGUGAUGCAAUUUUUGCCGAGAGAGAAUUCACUCGAUGUAUUGAUGAUUUGCAGCGUGAAAGUAGUUUCAGGAAUGCAAACGUCAAGUUCCAUGAACUUAAUGAGAAGUUAUGUGAGGAUAAAGCUUCUCAUCAGCAAGCCCGUUUGCAGGCUUUAGAUGAUAUUUUUUCCAAAUUUGAGGAGGCGAAGGAAAGGUUUAUCAUGCAAUAUGAUCAAAUAAGUAAGAAGGAGAAGUCUAUGAUAUCUGCACUUGCUGAUAAGGUCGCCAAACUGGAUAAGUCCUUGAAAAUAGAAGAAGAGAUUGAAGAAGAAUUCAAAACGUUGAUGCGGACACUUUGCUUAUAUAUGUGAACGCCUCAGGUUCCCACAUAUGGUAGUGCCCAAUAAAAUUGUGCUUGGAGCACAACACCAGACAUUCUUUCAUGUCUUUCGACAUGAAGAUUUUGAAUCUGGCGACAUGAACGAGCUAUCAUCUCUUACUUUGCACUUCUACUGUCGGACAUGUAAUUAUGUAAUUAUGUAAUUAUGGUAGUGCCUAAUAUACUUCUGCCUGAAGCACAACACCAGACAUUCUUCCAGGUCUUUUAACAUGAAGAUUUAGGGCUAGACUUAGUUCUUGUUGCGAGGCAACUGAGCAAUGGUGGCGCGCACGUUUCUCCUUCUGUUUGCUAGUGUGCCCUUUCUUUCCCAACAAGGAAUUAACUUGCUCUAUUAGCAUUA